GUUGACCUCCUGCACCACCAUGAGGACCCUCUCGGGCAAGAGGAGGUAGGGGGAGGCAGUGAGGAGGACCUCUAUAUAUUGCGGCGUUAUGAGAACCACCAGUUUCUGGACUGUAAUGAUCUCUCACUGGAAUAUCCUGUUUGAGGGAUGACUGUGAGAAGGCAGUUUGUUUGAGUAUAUGCCAGUAAGCAGGAAAACAGGGAAAGCAAUAUCUUAGGAAAAUGGCAGACCAAGACAUCCCUACCCACUCUCGCAAAAUAAAACAUUUACAAAAUUCAUCACUUCUUUUUACAAGAGAAGGAGCUAGUACAAGUGAGGGCUACAGCAGUAUGACACUCAUAUGUAUUGAGGUAUCUAAAAAUGAAUUUCAGCUGAAUGCUUAGUUAAAAGCAACUGAGACUUAAAAUUCCAGUUGAAUGCAUCAAGUAAAGUAUCCAAGAAUGAAUUCCAGUUGAAUGCAUUGAGGAAAGUAUCCAAGAAUGAAUUCCAGUUGGAUGCAUUGAGGAAAAUAUCCAAGAAUGAAUUCCAGUUGGGUGCAUUGAGGAAAGUAUCCAAGAAUGAAUUCCAGUUGGGUGCAUUGAGGAAAGUAUCCAAGAAUGAAUUCCAGUUGGGUGCAUUGAGGAAAGUAUCCGAGAAUGAAUUCCAGUUGGGUGCAUGAGGAAAGUAUCCAAGAAUGAAUUCCAGUUGGAUGCAUUGAGGAAAGUAUCCAAGAAUGAAUUCCAGUUGGGUGCAUUGAGGAAAGUAUCCAAGAAUGAAUUCCAGUUGGAUGCAUUGAGGAAAGUAUCCAAGAAUGAAUUCCAGUUGAAUGCAUUAAAGAAAAUAUCUGAGAAUGAAUUCUAUCUGAAUGCAAUUUGAAAAGCGUCUGGGAAUGAAUUCCAGAUUAAUGCAUUGAGAAAAGCAUCUGAGAAUGAAUUCCAGCUUAAUGCAUUGGGAAAAGUGUCUUGUUAUUUCCUAGGAAGACUGAAAAAUGUUACAAUCACUUGUCAGCAGAGCAGUGUUGUGAGUUUGGAUAGAAAAGAUGGCGCUGAUCAGUGUAGACGACAUCGGACUGUAUCGUACUGGACCAAAUAAUGAUAUAGAUCUUCAGGCUGUGUAUGGUGGAAGGUUAUCAGGAAAAAGGGAGAGAGACUUGAAAGUGAAUCCUGUUUACAGUGAUGUUAACAAUGCAAACCAGUAUUCUGAUAUUAAUGGAAACAUGAGUCCAGUACAUGUGGUCACAUACGAGUCUUUUCCUAGAACCAGAAAAAAGACUCUAACCUCAGAGAAUGGAAAAAUCCAGAAUGGUGAUAUCGUUCAAUCUGUAGGAAAAAACUGGGCAGAAAGUAAUAAUAAUAACAUUAGUCAUAGUGCAGUUGUUGAAAAUUUCAGAAAAGACAUUGAGAAAGAUAAAAAUGAUGCGAACCAUGAUAGUGAGAUUGAAGCAAAGAAUCUGCAGUUAAAUGAAAAGUCUAAUGAUACUAGGGAAGAUGUUCAGGUACAGUGCAAAAAUUCAAAUAAAGCAUCAAGUGAAUUGUUGAGUAACCAAAAUGAUUCCAGAGCAAACACUGAAGAAAUUCCUCAUGCGACAGAGGAUGUGCAUACUAAAUCAGACAAAGGAUUGCAAACUAAAGGUUUUCUUAAAAAUUAUGGUUUGCUUGGUUAUAAUAAUGAAUCCUUUGUUUUGGAUGGAAUAGAAGUAGUUAUUGAAUCAAAACAGACUGAAGACAGUGAUCCAAAACAUAGUCUUUCUACAGAAAUCCACAACAACAACAAUUCAGGAAAGAGUGAAAUUCCAGGAUCCAAAACUGAAUCUUUAAAAAAUUCAGACGCAAAUCAUGUAAAUCCAAAAACUGUGUCUGACUCAAAAGAAAUUUUGCCAGAAGUUACUGAUUCAAAGGAAAAUUCACAAACUGAAAUAUCAGUCGCUACUAGUGACUUACCAGAAUCAGCGUAUCAAGAAAUAUCUGAUCUCUGUGAUUUUCAUGAACCAAUUUCAGAAGAUAUAUCCAAGUCUAAUGGUUUAAUUGUGAACACUGAUGAUAACUUAUCAAAUCUGUGUGAAUCCCCACAAAUAUGCCAUAAAGAAAUUGUGACUGAAGUGCUAGUCCAUAAUUCAGCAGUUCUUGACACACCAACAAAGCAUUACAUUUCAAAAUAUUCUGAAAGUGAUACUACUUGUCACAGUUUUGAUUUAGAGAAUAAUCCAGUCAGUAUGUCGUACCAAACAGACUCUUCUGAUUGGCCAGAUAUGGAUGUAUUGGUACGGCAAAAUGAAGACGAAACUUAUGAUCCAUCGAUGAAUGAAAUUGCUCAAACUAACGAAAGCGAAGUUGAAUGUCAAGGACAUGUUAGAUCAAUUUCUGAUGUUGUGAUUCAGGAAAAAGAAACAAAUGAAGGUACUGACAACACAGGUAAUCAGUCUAGUGAUGGUAAUCUUGAGGGAUUUUCAUUGUACAAGAAAAAACAGAAUAAAUCAAAUUCUAGUUCAAAACCCGGUGUUGUCAGUGAGGCUGGCUCCUCAACCAGAACUCUGAAAUCCAUCCUUAGCAACGGCAGCUCACAUUAUUCCUGUACUUCAGAAUGUGAACACAAAAGACAAAAUUCAGACCUUGAAAUCCAUGAACUGAAAACAGUGAAGUUUUCUGAGGACACUGUUUUUAAUGAGAACAAAAGUAAUAAAUAUAAGAAAGAGAAGUUUGGACAAAUAAACUUACGAGAGUUGUACAGAGGUAAGAUCAUGAAUGAUGCAGCUGUAGCUAAGUUGAAUCCACUUUAUCAACCAGAGCAGAAUGAUAUAGAGGUAGAGGAGGAAGGUGAUACAAACAAUGAAAAACUCACUUACCAGCUAACACUGAAAAAUGCAAUGAGACUAUCCAAAGGAAAGACUAGCAGUUUGAAUGGCCCAUCCUAUAUGGAACAGUACCUGAUCUUGAAAGCACAUGGAAUCAAGAAAGAUGACAUAGACAUCGAGAAAUUGCCAGAGACCAUGGAAAAACCUGUGUAUGACAGACUUAUACAGCGAACCUUAGCAAAAGAGCGGCGUAAAUUCUGUGUAAAAUGGUCCAUGGUGAUAAUUACUGUGGCUGUUAUAACAGCAGUGGCUACAACCUUAGGUGUAUAUUUUAAAGAAGGCUUCUGAUGUCACAUUGUGUUAGUCUACUGGAACUGUUUAGUGAGGCUUCCAAAGUCAUUAGAUGUCAGUCUACUAGAACUCUUCAGGCUUCUAAAGUCCCUUGUUCAUGAUACCAGUAACCUGAUUAUCUGUAUAAAUACAUUGUUUAUGUUUAUGCAGUGUAAAAAUUAUACUAUGAGGUAAUCGUUGAUGGACUUCACUCUGCUUUGCGUGUAUCUGGAAGUGGUAAGGAAAAUAAGCUGUACUUUCAAUAUUACACAUGAAAUUAAAGAAAUAAAGCCAUAAAGGGAGGUAAUAAAAAAUAAUGGAUUCCCAUAUAAAAUUCUAGUUUGUCAGUCGGUCUUCAAACCUUUGGCAAAUAUGUAUGAAAACAAUUAUUCAAAAUAGGAUUUAAUAAGAAAUUGACAUAUUUUGUGUUUAUAAAAAAGGAAAUAUGGCUUCCACAUUAUAAAUAAAGGCCUUUGACCCUUUAAUUUGUAUGAUCUUCCUAGUUCACAGGGCUGGUACUAGGUAAUAUGAGGACUGAUUCGAUGAUUAGUAAAGUAUCAGUUUGAUGAUGAAAAUUAUCUCAGUUUUAUACAUUAUAUAAUGGCUGGAAUGAAGUUCCUGAUAUUGUGGCUUUCAUGAACAUUGAAAAUGAUUCAUUUUGAUUAACAUAACAGUACUUUAGGUUUAUUACAUGAAUCCAAGAAAAUUUUAGUCUUCAUUUGAGAGAAUUUUGUCUUUAAGGGACAAACCCACACAUUUUAGGUGAAAAAUAAUUUCUCCCAACUGACUUCCUAGUAGUAGUGUAGUUUAAGGUGUCAAGUUAUAUGACGUCAGUAUGUAACAGUUAUAAUGUCAAUAUCAAUUUUCAUGUCAAGAUUUGAUGAUGAUUUAUACCUUCAGCUUGCCUAGGUUCUACUGUAACCUAGUAGAAAAUCUUUGUGAAAGAAAAAACCCGGUACACCAUUUCAUCACUUAUAUCAGUUCAACAAUCUACUUCAUUUUGAUUGACAAAUCUCAAAGAACUUGCAGCACAAAUAAGGUAAUGAUUUUAAGUGACUGGUACAUGUAAAAUGUAAUUACAGCUAACUUUUUCUCCACAUUUACUAGAAACUGCCUAUAAUAUUGUAUGAGCCACUCAAUGCUUUGCUUAAUGCAUCUCAAAUUAAAGUUCUAAUUUCAAAGCUGGUAUGCUUUUGACCUACAACCAAGAUAUAGAAAACAUUAUCAUCCACUUGCCUACAAAGAAGAAGAAGAUUAUUAUCCACUCAACUGAGAUAAUGUGACAAGAUUUAUUUCUUGACAACUAAUGUAUUUCUUACAGAAAAUUGACUUUUCAUUCAUGUCCACUGAUGCAGUGAUCGAGGUAAUUAUUAGGUCUUAAAUCCUUGUCAGAUAUCUAUAUCAGUUAAAUAAAAGACAAAGUUAUUCUGUGUUAUUUGUGAAAAUGCAUUAUCUGUAUGUAAGAUGUUAUCAGAGUUUUCCAUAUAUAUUUGUGAACUUUAGAUCAUGACUUUUUUUUUCAUCUAAAUGAUGUUUACAAACUGCUGAACUGACAGAAACAUACAAAACCUAAUUUUGUUAUCAUCAUCAAACUGAUACUGGAACCUGGUUGUCCAGAUAUUCCUAGUGUUACCUGGUAUAGCCUCUGUAGAGAGUACCUUCUCAGACUAGUUCAGAUAACUGCAUGGUGUGCAUGUAUUUUAAAUAACUGGAAUUAACAAAAUAGUUGAGAAGUUUAGCAGAUAAAUAAGUAAGACAUUCAAUCUUGUUUUCUGUGCUUUGAUCAUAAUUAUGUCUGUUCUUUUCAACUUUAAUAGAAAAUAUAUAGAUUACAAUUGUUUUUAUAAAAAUACUAUGAAAAUAUGCCAGACAAUGAGUGCUUAGCACAUAGUUUUGUUAGAGCUAGAAAAGUUGUUGAUAUUAAAGUUUGUUUAAAAUUUGAGCUGCGCCAUGAGAAAACCAACAUAGUUCAUUUGCGACCAGCAUGGAUCCAGACCAGCCUGUGCAUCUGCGCAGUCUGGUCAGGAUCCAUGCUGUUUGCUUUCAAAGCCUAUUGCAAUUAGAGAAACCGUUAGCGAAUAGCAUGGAUCCUGACCAGACUGCGCAGAUGCACAGGCUGGUCUGAAUCCAUGCUGGUUGCAAACGCACUAUGUUGAUUUUCUCAUGGCAUGGCUCAUUUGUUGUUUUAUUUGUAUUUGUUAUUAAGUUUAACAAUAUUGAUUUUAGUUUUUUUUAUUUAAAUUUUAAUGUAAGAAUAUUUAAGUAUCCACUUUUAACCAAAGCUUCUAAGAAUAUUGGUUGGAAUCUUGUUCUGUUGUUAUUUCUAUGUGAUAGGGGAACAACUUUAUGUGUGUUUUCAGGGAUAUAUUAUAUUUUCUUAGAGUACAUUUAUCUUAAAGGUAUUUGUUGUACAUGUCACAGAACAAUAAUUAUUGUCAUUACAUAAAAAAUUGCAAAAGAAAGAUUAACAUUUGAGAAACUAAUGUUUUAAUAGCUUGUCUUUACUAGUGAAAAAUGAGUGUUUAGUGAUAUACAAAAAUAUUGAAUGGUUUUGCUGCAUGCAGUAUGCAUAGGUUUGAUUUUUAGGUCACCUUGGCACAUUUACCUAAACACAAAGUACUCAAGGUGAGCUGUUGUGAUAACCUUUAGUCUAUUGUGGUCCAGUGGCAUGUGCCAUCAUCAUCAUUUGUACUGUUAACACACUAGAGAUCACUGUUUUAACCCAGUUUUAUGAAGCUUGUUAAGAAUACUUGCCUCACUAAAACCUUGGAGGAGUUCAAUACUUGGGCGUCUGAGUCAAUUGGUCAAAUGAUAGAAAAAUCAGAUCUUCAAUAAUCUAGAUGCCAUGUAAUGAAAAAGGUUAUGAAAUCUAGGUCAAGUUAUAAUUAAUACAAUUGUAGUGGGCGGGGGAGGGGGGAAGCAUAUGUUUUGCACUACCCCUCUCCCCUCACACAUACAACCUUUGACCCCAAAAAGCUGAUCUUACUCAGAAAUAACAGUAGGCAAAAAAUCCUGAGAGAGCAUUUAGAUGCAUCUAUGAGGAUUUGAUGUAAUAUAUAUUGUCAUAUUUCAGGAAGAAUGCUGUUUGUUUGGAGGGGGCGGGGCGCAGUUGUUAAAUUUUCAUCUGGGUAGCUCUAGCUGGGCAGCCCAAACUUGCCCCGCAACUUUAGAGAUUGUACUUAGGCCAGUGAGUUUUAAAAUGUGUCACCUGGAAUCAAAAACUAUCAGUAGAGAAAAAUUUUCUACUUGAUUUGUAUGAAACCUAAUCAUGAUGUCUUCCAGAUCUGAACCUGGGUCAUCUCAGGACAUUAGGUCAAAAAUUAGAAAAAAAUUGUUUUCACUCCAAAGGUCAUGUAAUUAUUAUGUCUCCCCACCUCUGGGGGAGACAUAUUGUUUUUGUCUGUCCGUCCAUACGUCACACUUCAUUUCCGAGCAAUAACUGGAGAACUAUUUAACCUAGAACCUUCAAACUUCAUAGGUUGGUAGGGCUUAUGGAGGAGACAACCCCUAUGUUUUUGGGGUCACUCCGUCAAAGGUCAAGGUUACAGGGGCUUGAACAUGGAAAACCAUUUGAGAACCACUUGACCCAGAAUGUUGAAACUUAAUAGGAUGAUUGGUCAUGCAGAGUAGAUGACCCCUAUCGAUUUUGGGGUCACUCUGUUAAAGGUCAAGGUCACAGGGGCCUGAACAUCGAAAACUGUUUCCAAUCAAUAACUUGAGAACCUCUCGACCCAGAGUGUUGAAACUUCAUAGGAUAAUUGAACAUGCAGAGUAGAUGACCCAUAUCGAUUUUGGGGUCACUCUGUUAAAGGUCAAGGUCACAGGAGCCUGAACAUGGAAAACAAUUUCUGAUCAAUAACUUGAGAACCACUUGACCCAGAAUGUUGAAACUUCAUAGGAUGAUUGAACAUGCAGAGUAGAUGACCCCUAUUGAUUUUUGGGUCAGUCUAUUAAAGGUCAAGGUCACAGGGGCCUGGUCAUGUAAAAUCAUUUCCGGAAAGUAACUUCAGAACCACUUGACCUAGAAUGUUGAAACUUAAUAGGAUGAUUGGACCUGCAGAGUAGAUUGACCCCUAUUUAUUUUGGGGUCACUUGAUCAAAGGUCAAGGUCACAGGAGCCUGAACAGUGACUUGAGAACCACUAGGCCAAGAGUGUUGAAACUUAGCGGGAUGACUGGACAUGCCAAGUAGAUGAUCCCUAUUGCAGCCAACUAUCAGUGUCUCUUUGACUUUCGCUCCUGACCCCUAUUGACUUCUUGCCUAUAGGACUUUGCAUUGGGGGAGACAGGCGCUUUUUUACAAAAGCAAUUUCUAGUUUUCUAUCUGAUCUUCAUGGAACCUGGUGAGAAUGCUUGUCUUCAUUAAGUAUAUGAUAAGAUAGAAACUGGGUCAUCAUGGGUCAAAAAACUAGGUCACUUGGUCAAAUCAUAGCAAAUCCAUUUUUAACACUUUAGAGUUCACAUUUUCUACCUUAUGUGUUUAAACCUAAUGAUUUAUGAAAUCCAUAGAAGUUUGAAACUGGAUCAUCAUGACAUAUAUUCAAGGUCAAACAGUCAAAAUCAGAUGAGUGUCUUAGGGCCAUUAUGACCUUCUUGUUGAUUAGUCGCAAUUGCAUAUAUUACUAUUUUAAACCAUUAGUGAUUUCUUAUUCUAUUUUUGCUUAG